GGAAGCGAAGACGCGCGUAUUGGCAUUUCCUGGUUCGAAAUUUAAGGAUCAGAUUUUUAUGAAAGAAAGAAAGAAAGAAAUUAGAAGAGAAAGGGUUUUGUUUAGUUUUGUGUGGUUAUUGAGUUGAAACGAAAGAAAGAAUGUUCAGAGGAAACAACGACGACGAGUUUGAGUUUGACGGUGGCUUCGACUUCGACAAGGAGGAGGCACUGUAUAAAGAGUUGGAGACCCUCAUUCAUUCAGAGAACACUGCCCCAUCGAUGAUGUUUCCGUUGGAGGACGCCACCCAUGUUCACAGUGGUGAUUCUGAUUCUGAUGGUGGCUCCGACAACAACAAGCUGCAGGUGUUUGAGUUGGAGAACAGCCUCGUUCAACUUCCUCCCAAGUUGUCAUCUUUGUCAGUGCCUCCCCCGACGGAAUCGAUGUUGCCGCAUACACAGUUUCACGGCGGCUUCGAUGAGUGGGACGACACCCUCGUUUACCUUCCUCCGAUAGAAGAAACCCUCGAUCAGUUAGAGAACACUGCCCCAAGGCUUCUUUCUCCGUCGGCCGAAGAAACCCUCGAUCACCUUCUUUCCCUUUCGACUCCGAUGUUGUUGCAAGAGUUGUUGGAGUCAAAGAACACUGCCCCUGCCCCUAGCCUUCUUCCCCUAUCCACUCCGAUGUUCCGGCAGGGCACAUCACCCUUCUUCCACAGACACAGACAGCGAACCGACCCUCCACUUCAUCGGCAUCAUCAUCUCACAAUCGCUGCAACAGAUGGACCAAUGAAGAACACAUGUUAUUUCUUCAAGGGCUUGCAAUCUAUGGCAAGGGAGAUUGGAAGAAUAUUGCAAGGUAUGCUGUUAAGACUAGAACCUCAACCCAAGUUGCUAGUCAUGCCCAAAAAUACUUUCUUCAUCUGCGAGCCUCAAACAAAAAGGGAAAAAGAAAGAGCAUUUAUGACACGACCUUGCAAGAUCAAGUUCCACCACCUCACCAACAUUGGGUUUUGCCUCCAAAUCUUGCAACAUACUGACAUCCUUCCUUCGCACAUCACUUGGCUGAUGAAGAAAGAUUUAAUUUUCAUUUUCUCUUGCUCUGCCGAAUCAAUAUUCAUUCAGAGUUCUUUAUUUGUUUCCCUUUUGUAAUUACUCAAAAGAUUUAGUGCUUCUGGACUACCUAGUAAUUUUUCGCACAGUCCAUGCUACCUUAUUCUGUACAUGUUUACAUUGCAGUAACAUAAGUAUCGCAUUUCCCUACUCAUUACAAUUACAU